GCAAGCUUCCUGUAUCGACAUGCCCGCAAUGUCCGCGAUCAAACAAGUUCCCGUACAGCUACCCAGGAGCUACGAUCGAGCCGACGAGCCCUGGUAUCGCUACCUUACCCUUGAUCUGAUAUGGAAUGUCCUCGGAUACACGGUAUUCCACCCAUUCGUAGCAUGGGUUCUCGUCCUGUGCCUCCGCGCGCAGUACACAGCCUACGGGGCCCUCGAGAUGCGCAUCGCUUUCGCGUGGGCUAUGCUCAUGACGAUCAACGGCAUCUUCGGCCUCAUCAACGAGCGUGUCGCAUUCGGAUCACCGCGAGAGGUGGAUUUGGCUGAAGAGGUCAUUGUCGUGACCGGCGGCGUCCAAGGCCUGGGCGCACUCAUAGCAGAGACGUACGGCAUGCGCAACGCAAACAUUGCAGUUCUGGACACAAAAAAGGUGGACGACCAAGUGUCAGAGGACACGGGCGUCUUGUACUACGAGUGUGAUGUUAGCGACGCGAAGCAGGUGGAAGCGGCGGCUGCCCGGAUUGUUGAAGACCUUGGGGCUCCCACCAUCCUCAUCAAUAACGCGGGCAUUAUGCAGCCCAAGUCGAUUCUCGAGUCGACUGCCGAGGACGUACAGAGGAUCUUCCAAGUGAACACACUUGCGCACUUCAACACCAUUCGUACAUUUUUGCCGCACAUGCUGAAAGAAGGCCGGGGUACCAUUGUCACUGUUUCCUCCGUCCUCGGACACCUCGGCGCCGCCAACCUAUCCGCAUACACGGCAUCCAAAGCCGCGCUUCUGGCGCUCCACCAGUCGCUGCGUGCCGAACUUCAGCAGAUUCCCGAGGCCAAGGACAUCAAGACCAUUCUCGUGACGCCUGGUCAGAUGGGCACACAGAUGUUUGCAGGCCUCAAAACCCCAAGCAACUUCCUCGCGCCCGUAGCCACACCUGCUGAGAUUGGCAAGGAAAUCAUUACCAUGAUUGAGAAGGGCGACAGCGGCGAGAUUGCGCUACCGCUUUACUCAAGAUACAUCCAGGUCCUCGGAGUACUGCCUAUUGGAAUGCAACGCCUCGUGAGGAGAUGGAGUGGAAUAGACAAGGCUGUAGGCCGCAUGAGAGAGACCAGGCAAGAGUUGGAUGAGAAGAGGUAGCCAGGCUACUACUCAACAAUGAAUCGAAUAACUGUACAACAUAUAGGGCAGCAUGUGGCUAAAAUACCAAGAUUCAUCAAUGCUAUACAGCGGUCUGGCGAGAUUUCUGACUCUGAGACC